AUGGAAGUGGCUCUCGCGGUUCCUGAGUUUUUCUUGCUGGGCCCCACAGCACACCGCCCACCCGGCGAUCUUUGGCCCGAAUGGGGAUUAAAGUGGAGUGGAAAGUGGGAAGUGGGAAAAAGCCCGGAACAUGAACGGGUGGUGCUGGUGGUGCUGGUGCUGGUCGGGAAAAGCAAUGCCGUCGGAGGUGAUUCCUUUCUUCUUCCUGGCGCUAAGUGGGUGAAGGUAAUUUGCUUGGCUGUAUACCUUGCCUUUUGGCUGAGUAUCUAUCGAUGGGGUUCUCUUCCGUUGGGUGCUGCUGCUGGUCAGUUCUCUGUUUUCGGCCCUCACGCCACCUUUAAGGUCAAGUCAAGUCUGGUCUGGUCCACGGGUUCAUCGGAUAACCAGGCACCAGGGGAAAGACCCAAUUUUCUUUCUAUUUCUAAGAGAAAUUCAGUCGUCUCUGUUCUCAUGGGUGCGAUGGCGAGAUCAAUGGCCAAGGGUUGGGGCUGGGCUGGGUUAGAUCCUGGUGUCUUGACUAGGACUUGA